GAAGCCAUGGGAAGUAGGUCCAGUGAUAGACACCACUGAGGUGUCAACCUGCGAGCUGUUUACAACAGAAGACCGUGAGAAAGCAUCAGCAACUGGAAUUUACACAUUUGCGUCAAAACACAACGAUUUUUAUACUAGCUAAUUUGCUAGCAUUUUAUUCCACUCAAAAUGGCUGGCUUUAGGACCGCGGUUGAUGUAUUGCAAAUGACACUGUGAUCAAAAAGGUGGCAGCUUUAAACGUGCUCGCACAUUAUGUAGAUUGGAAUGUCUUUCUUACCUGAAUCGGGACACUGACACGUCGCAUUUACAGUAAGGUGAUGGUUUGCGUUGAGCAGUGGCUGCAGGAAGUGGACGGCUCUAGGACCAUGAUGACGAAAGCGUUCAACUGUUCCAUUGUCAUUUGAUACCUCCAUCGUCGCUAUCAUGAUGUUGUAUAACUUGAAUGCAACAUCUUCUGAAAGGUUCGUGGAUCACCUCAUUCUAUAUGAAAUGUCCAUUAAACUUUAAAGUACUUGAAAAGCUCCGGAACGGAUUUUUUUUCUUGGAAUGGUGCAUCUCCGUAAUCCUUUUUGCCUACCGAGAUGGAUACUCUCCUGCAACCAGAAGAGGAGCGCAAAUUUAAAUGUGAUGAAUGUGGACGUGCCUACAGGCAUGCUGGUAGCCUGUCUAAUCACAAAAAGACUCAUGAUGUAGGUUGUUUUCAGUGCAAUAUUUGUGGGAAACAAAAUUCCAACUCUCUGGCACUUAAGAACCACCUCCGCAGCCACACUUCACAAAAAAAGUAUCCAUGUUCGGAAUGUGGCAAAACUUUUUAUCGGCCAUCACAACUAGUUACACACGAAAGAGUGCAUGAAUCAAGACAAACAAAAGAAAGGGCUCCCAUUGAAGUAGAUAAUGGAUAUGUUGGACAUGAAGAGCAAAAUGGACACACAGAUUGUGUUCUGUCAUCUGGUAUUUCAACAUUAAAUAGCCCAUCUGACAAUAUAACAGAUGUAGCUUGUGGCACACAGACUGAGACCAAUGGGUUUGUGGAUAAACCUUUUAAAAGUGAUUUGAGCGACAACUUCAUUCAUCAAGGAAGCCUACCGCAUCACACGAAGACGCACCAAACUGAAAUAUUUGAGUGCUCUGUGUGUUUCAAACUGUUUAACAAUGUGGCUGCUCUUUCAAAUCAUCAGAGAAGUCAUAAAUCCAAAAGUCCAGUAGAUUCUCUUUCUGGCCCCUUCACGGUCACAACGCUGGAUCAGUUUUCACCACAGAAGCAGGAUGUGCCAGUAAAUUUCUGCCACUUGUGUCAGGUAUUAUUUUCAACUCAAGAGGAGUUUCAGGAUCACAUCCAAAUGCAUAAUUCAUCACCUUUAUUAGACCAGAAUGAAGGCACAUUUUUUGAAAACGGCACUUGUUUUUCAGAGUCCCCUUUUUAUCAACCUCCUGUUAAACAUGCCUCAUCUGCGUCUUCAAAGAGUCACAGUGGGUCAUUUGAUUUGCCUAAUGAACAAAUGAUAAAUGAUGGUCUUUUUUACCACUGUUCGGACUUAGAAUCUGCACCUGUGAACAGCAUUGAAAUGCAGCCUUCCACAAGUGUAACAAACCAUGCCUCACCUGAAGUCAUGUCUUCAGGUGUAGAUUCAGAGGAGCGGCCUUUUAAAUGUGACAUUUGCUUUAAAACUUACCGUCACUAUGGUAGCCUUGUCAACCACAAAAGGUCACACCAGGUGGGGGACUAUCAGUGCUCUAUCUGUGGAAAGAGCUGUCCACAUUUGGCAUCGUUCAGAAGUCACAUACGCAUACAUAAAAUGGCAUCUUCUCAUUAUAGAGAGCAGAACUGGCUCUCAUCCCAGCUCCAAACCAUGGAAGACCAACAAGAAGCUUCAGAGGAUGGCAUGUAUGAUGGUAUUGAACCCAGAAAUGAAUGUUUGUUAAAUGGGUACUUAAACCAGGACUGUGGGGAAACAUUAAAUUAUGACGUAACAAAGUUGCAAAAUUAUCUUCAACAGCAAAACAGUAUAAGUUGUACUUCUAAUGGCAACAAAGAACAUCUCCAAGACAAUGUUGAAAAUCAAGGCAAUCAUAUUAGUUUUCAUGAAAUAAAUGGAAAUGACAUUGAGAAUAACCAGUUUCCUGAAAAUGUGACAAUUGAUGAUUACUCUUGUGUAGCUGGGGAACAGGAGGAAAAUGACAGAGACUUUUAUCAGUGCUCAUUUUGUGGAAACCGCUACAACAGCAUAGGGGCCCUCAGGAACCACAUGCGAGGGCACAUAUCGUCACAUAGCACCCCUCCCAGCUCAAUCCCAGCAUGCACGUUGUCAACUAAAGUCAAAGAAGAAGAAUUAAGCGAUGUGAUAAUUUGCUGUUUAUGUGGAGAAAGUUUUUCAAAUAGCCAAGACCUUGUCAAUCAUCAGCUUCUGCACAGCACUGAUCAACUAGACGAUGCUGAAACCUUGGAUAAUAAUUCAGAGGUUAAUGACGAGAAGAAUCUCAUUUGCGGCAGCUGUGGCAUCUUUUGUUCCAGCUACAGUCAUCUUGAAAACCAUGGAUGUAAAGUUGAUACUAAUCAGUCAACAACAGAGAAUGAAGAGGAAGUAAGGGAGCCAAACGAUAAUGCAGACACAAGUUUAGACAAAGAGGAGCGGCAGUUUAAGUGUGAACAGUGCGGCCGCUCGUAUAGACACUCUGGCUCCCUGCUGAACCACAAGAAGUCCCACAAAACAGGGCUGUUCCGCUGUCAUGUGUGCCAGAAGAACUUCUACAAUCUGCUGGCUCUGAAAACUCACCAGAGGUCCCAUUUUGAUAUUAAAAGGUACAGCUGUGAAUGUGGGAAGGCCUACAAAACCCAGAAGCAGCUGCUGAACCACAUGAGAAGACACAAAGAAAAACAAGUUAAAUCUCAGGUCCAGACUCUUACACAGACUGAACAGAGGAGCAGGUCUGAAGGAGGAGAGUUGCCCUUAAGUCCUAAUGCCAGUCAGGAUCCCUCCACAGAGAAUACCAAUAAAGAGCUUCAAGAAUCUGAAUCUACAGUCAAAUCUGAGGACAACAGUGAUAAGCGGCCAUUUGCCUGUGACCUAUGUGGCCGCACCUAUCGGCAUGCAGGAAGUCUGGUCAACCACAAAAACUCCCACAAAACAGGUGAAUACUUGUGCUCCAUAUGCAACAACUCUUAUUCUAAUCAGCUCGCCCUGAAGAACCACUUGCGCAUCCACUUUGCAUUCAAAAGACAUUCUUGCCUAAAGUGUGGGAAAAGACUGCGGUCAAGGAAGCAGCUUUUAGUCCACGUUUGUACAAAUCUCAAGAGAGGAAGGAGAAAUUUUAGAUCCAAAUGUGCCAAAACUUCAGCGGGUGGUGGUCAACCUAUCGAACCUCCAACUAAAAAGGAGCAAUUCUAUACAUGUAACAUAUGCAAUCGCAGCUACCGGCAUGCUGGCAGCCUCCUCAACCACAAAAACACCCAUAAGACUGGACAUUAUAAUUGCUCAUUCUGCUCCAAGCCUUUCUCAAACCUUUUGGCAUUGCGCAACCAUACGCGCAUCCACACUCAGAAGAGGAAAUACGCUUGCCUAACAUGUGGGAAGGCCUUCCGAGUGGCCAGUGUCUUGUACAACCAUCAGAAGAUCCACAGUGGUGGGGCCAGUCGCUUUAGCUGUCCCAACUGUGGGAAGGGCUUCAGGGGGCGAGCUGGGCUGCAGAGACACCAGUGCCCCCAAGGUCAGCAGAGUGGCACAGCAGAGCAGCACUCAGACAAAGACAAGUGCUUCAAGUGUGACCUGUGUGGCCGCUCUUACCACCACGCCGGCUCUCUGCUCAACCACAAGAAAACUCACUCGGAGAACCUCCACCACUGCUCCCUGUGCCUUCAGACAUUUCCUGAUCCACUCGCCUUGCACGCACACUCCCAGAUCGACCGCCACAGCUGCCCCGAGUGUGGCAAGACCUUCUGCCUGCUGUCCCACAUGCAGAGCCACAUGGAGGUGCACUGCAAAGACCAAAAGAUACAACAAAACAAUGUGGAAAAUGGCAUGUGUGACCAAAAUGGGAUAAUAGACGACCCAGUACCUUUAUCCCAGGGGAAAACGGACUCUGAAGAUAAGGUCUAUGUCUGUGAACAUUGUGGUCGCACAUACCGUCAUGCAGGCUCUCUCCUCAACCACAAAAACAGCCACAAAACGGGAUGUUUCCUCUGCUCCAUUUGCCACAAAGAGUUCACCAACCUCAUGGCUCUGAAAAACCACAAGCGCAUUCACACAGAGCCGAAGAGGUACCAGUGCCUCCAGUGCGGGAAGGCCUUUCGGGUGUCCAGUCAGCUCAUAUGCCACAGGAGGAUUCACACCAGGGAAAGACCAUUCACGUGUUCAGUCUGCGACAAGACCUUCUCAAGUAAGUCCAACCUGAGACAUCACCAGAAGAUUCACCAGAACUGUAUGGAUGCUAAUAAUUUUAUGGACCUUGAUAUCAAUGCAUAUCUUUGAGUAAAAACAGGCAUUAUUAUAGACAACAACUUUACCUCUUCAAACUAGUGUCUCUCCAGUCUGUAUAGCUUCCAUUUUGAAUUUAGUGUCAUCAUACCCUGAUUGGUUCUACAAUUUGUUACAUUGAGUUCUGGGGAGUCAGCAGCUGCUUAUCUUUGCGUUUCUGAAUCCUUUUGUUUGCUUCGUUAUCAGUGGUCACUUCCUCUGGGCCUUCAAAUGGGGCAGGCUUGUUAUUUUUAGUGAAAUACCUCUGGGUGUGUCCAAAUGUCCUAAACGGUUUUGUACUAUGUCUAUAUAUGCAACUUUAUACUGGCCUCAAUUUGUUGUAUUUCUGAACACAUCAUUUUGUGUAAAAAUCAUGAAUGAUCUGUGAUGGCACUGAAACUGACCUGUCUGUUCUGUACAUACUUUUUCCAGUUCCUUUAUAAUAAGUAUUGAUUGAAGUCCCUGCUUGACAUUACAUUUUACUACAUUGCUUAUAAAGAGAGUGUGUGAUAAAAUGUAAUUUUCUAAAUUAAUUUCUAAAUAAACUGUUACUCGCCAUACAAUUUCUUGUUACUCAAAUUACUUUUGUACAGUAUUUAAGCAACGUAGCUGUUUUUUAUACACUUCAAACAUGCACAAGGUAUAUUAGUACAUUUCCCUUAUUUGCCUAGUAAAGUAUACAGGAAGUCUUAAACAAUGCGUGUUAAGACUUGUACUGAUUUUUCCCAGAAUUCCUGCCUAACUGACUUCCCAAUAUUUACCUGUCUUUGAGGAUUAUAAUACAAUAAACUACAUUUUGGAAGGCACAAAUCUCGUACAGGUCAGAUUCACUCAGUAAUGUUGAUGUUUUACUUUUGCACUGCUAACAUCACAUAUGUCUAAUAGGUCUAAUGUUAAUAAAUUAUCAUGAAUUAAAGUUCAUUCAUCUUUAAAUGUAAAAUUAUUGUAUAUUUUUUUUCCUUGGAUCUACUGAAAUAAAUGCACUAUCCCUGUC